AUGUAUAUUUUAUCAAUUUUUUGGCAACAAAAAAUACCAGUGUGGGAUCGCCUAAUAUCUAAAUGGCUUUUGUUUAUUGUCUUGGUGAAUUUUGCUAAUGCAUUCAUACAAAAUGAUGAUCCGUCAGAGAUUCUCGACAUUCAACCGAAGUGUGUACUGGACGAGCAGGCAACAUUUGCAAUCAGCAGAGCAAAAACAGAUUAUUGUAAGACAUAUUUGAAAGAAAUCUCAUGUGAGAUUGCUUCAAAUCCUAAUUUCUUUCCAUCUUCAUUACCUCGAUUUUGUCCAAUCAAAAAUGGUAAUUUUGGCGAAAUAAUUGGGUGUGCUUUGAAUACUUCAAUUAACACAACGAGCUUCAUAGCACAUAAUUUCAAUACUUCAAUCAUGUGUAUAGAUUUUUGCUUAAAAUAUGAGGCACCUUUUGCUGCAUACGGUGAGUUCACUGGCCAUUGUAAUUGUUGGAGAAUAUUUAAUAAUGCAUCGGUGAGCAAUAUAUUUGCAAUUAAUCAUACAUGUUCAGAUUGGUUUGCCGAUAAUGAUAAUGGCAGCAUUGCUGAUACAGUAACACUUUACCGAACUAGUUUUGUACCGGUCGGAACUGGAUUCAAACCAGAAGCGCCACCAAAUCAAAUUUCUUUAGUGUUUUUCUUUCUUGUCAGUGGCCGAAAAAGUCUGCGACAAGUAAAAAGAUUAAUGCGGGCUAUGUAUUCAACUGAACACUAUUAUAUCUUACAUGUCGAUAAGAAUGAGCGCUAUUUAUAUCGUGAAUUAUCAAAGUUAUGUGACCGAUAUUCAAACAUUGUAAUGGCAAAAUUUCGUUAUCGAACAACAUGGGGUUCAACGACUAGGCUUUUAGCUGAACUAGAUGUGUACAAACAAUUAAUUGAAGAUCUCAAAUGGAAUUUUUCAUUCGUUAUCUCUAUGAGUGAAAGCGACUUUCCAAUCAAGCCCACUGAGGAAUUAUCUGAAUUUCUUUCCAUGUUUCCAAAUAAGAAUUUUAUUGUUGGAGACAUUGGUAAUACAACUGAAAUGCUGGAAAGCAGCGAAACGAGGAGUAUAUUUGUAUUUUGUGAUAACUAUUUAUAUCGAUUAGGACACAAGAAAUUCAUUCAAAAUAUUGUCUAUGAAUUCGGCUCCGAUUGGACUAUAUUGAGUCGUGAUUUUAUAAAUUAUGUUACAUACGGUGAUGAUGAAUUGAUUCGUGGUUUGCGAUUAACAUUUAAUUUUUCAGCGCUUCCAAGCGAAUCGUUCUAUCAUACUGCGGUGAUCAAUAGUGUAUAUUGUGAUAAAUACAUUCGUCAUAAUUUGCGCAUGGUGAAUUGGGAUCGUAAACGUGGCUGCACAUGUUUUAAUAGAGAUGUCGGUGAUUUAUGCGGUUGUUCACCAGUGAUCUAUCGAAGAAGUGAUAAAAAACUAUUUGCCGGAAGUACUGACAAACCGAUAUUUUUUGCUCGAAAAUUUGAUCCAACUAUUGACGAAAAUAUCAUCGAUUGGAUUGAUGAAAAAGUAUUCGGCAUAGAUCUAUCCGACAGUGCUUUGUAUUUACAAAAUUUUUAUCAUGUAGAAGAUAGUCUUACUAAACUAAACGAUAUAAGUGGCGCAUUAAAAUCUAUUGAAUUAUAUACUCGAACAAUGUUAGUUAAACAUCCAAAAUUUCAUCCUGUGCGUAGCAUUGAACUUCAACAAAUUCAUGCAGUCUUUGAGUUAGGUGUAUUUCAAGGCUAUACAUUUCAGUAUACAAUUGAUGAUCGUAACGAUUUUGAAAUAUUUGUAACACAAAAUGCGCACACAAACAUAUUUUCAGACUCCAUCAAACAACUUGAUAUCGGUUUCACUAUUGACACUCGAGACACUGUUUUUAUUGAUCGUAGUCGUACAUUUCUUGAUCCAGUGCUUGUGACAGUGCUUUUUGAAUGGAAAUAUAAAACAAAUGAAGACAUUUCAUUAGUUAUGAAAGAUCCAUCUGGAAUCGUCGUUACCCGAAUGCUCGUUGAAAUACCUGAAGAUAUACCUAUAGUGGAUGUUAUGUUUCCCGAGAUAACUACCGAGUGUAUGAUAGGUAUUUGGAGUAUGGAUUUGGUAUCAAAUAGAUUCAAUAAUACAUUAGCUUCAUUAGAUUUUCUUAUUGUUUCUGUGAAUGAAAUGGAAACCAAUAAUGAUGAUAACAAUUUGAGCAUAGAUGUUAACAUUGUUGAUAAAUUUUGGCCAAUUGCUGGCAUAUGUUCAGUUAGAAAAGAUACAAAUGUUUGUUCGAAACGAGGGUCUAAAAUGAAGACGAUUCCAUAUGAGAUCAAUGAUUGUGAUCAAAAUCGAUGGAGUGCAUUCUAUUACGAUGUUAAAACUAAUUGGUGA